CUGAACCCCCAUCGAGAGGUCGUCCCGAAUCAGCCUUUCAGGAAAGUAGCUAUGCUGCCCUCUGCUGGUGUCAACCAAUAAGGACAUUGUAGAAAAGACAGCGACGUGCUAGUUACGGAAACUGUAAUAAUAUUUGUCCGCGUGCUGUUACGUCAUCAUCACGCGUCAACAGCACAGUGCUUCUGUCUGACCCGUCUCACACGUUCAAGAUAUGCUGUCAAAAGCAGAAGAAAAGAAGCCACAGAAAGGGGGAGGAAAGAAGAGGAGGCAUCCCGGGGAAGAUGGAGGAGGAGAGAGGAAGAGGAGAGAAAGUCAAAAAGGAGAGAAGGGUCAGGGAGAAGGUGGCAAGAAGCGCUUGGACGCCCUCAGUGUGGGCUAUUUCCGCCGUGUCGGAGAAAGGCUCAGUGAAGGCUUUGAAGAUGAUGAGGAGAGAGCUUUCUUCUCUGUUUAUACUCACCCCGUCUUCCACAGAGAUGUUUGUGGAGAAUGUCCUCACAGAAGUAAAAAGUAAAGCGGCCUUGGUGGCGACAGAUCGGACCGGAAGCAUCACUCUGCAGCGGCUGCUCCCGCUGUCCAGCCCCCAGCAGGUCGGGGAGGUGCUGGCUGAACUGGGUGGAGAAUCGGGCUCAGAGUUUAAGGCGGUUUCUUGUGACCGGUGUGGAGGCCAUGUCGUGGAGAGUGCAGUCAGACAGAUGUCCAGGUGGAUGGAGCCCUCACAGAAGGAAUCGUCUCCGCCCACAGAGGAGGAGGGAGAAGAAAGCUGUGGCCUGUUGGAGGCUCAGGUGUUGUCUUUCAGUCAGGUGGUGAGGGACAACACUGCCGAGUUCAUCAGACAUGUUCACGGCUCACACGUGGUCCGCACGCUUUUACACGUGCUGGGAGGCUGCCUCGGACCACCUCGCACCGAAACCCGUCCAGGAGGAAAAGAGCGGAGCAUCCCCCCUCAGCUGACAGACUUUGAGAUUCCCACUUCCUUCUGGUACGAGCUGAAAGAUCUUACAGAGACCUUGAUGGAAAACAUUAAUUUAAGUGUCACUGACGCUGUUGCCAGCGCAGUGUUCCAGACCAUGCUGACUGUGUGUCACAGAAAACGGCCCAAACUCUGCAAACAGCUCCUCCGGCGCAUCAUGGAAUACCUGACGAGUCGCAGCGCUGCUCCUGGAGUUAGUCCGCUUUUAGUCUUCCUGAAGGACCAGGCCUCCAGUCACCUCAUAGAGACGAUCAUACAGCUGUCCCACAAGCCACUUCUCCGCGGGCUCUACAAGAACCAUCUCAAGGGUCAGCUGGUCGACCUCGCCCUCCAUCCCAUUGCCAACUUUCCCAUCCAGAGGCUAACAGCAGCGUCUGCCAAAUACAAACUGUUCCUGAGAAUAUUUGACGAGCUGGUGCAGGGAGUGGAGGCCAUCUUGGCCGCGGGUCACAUGGGUGUGAUAGUUCAGCUGGCAGAGAGCUGCGCAGAAAGUGAAGAGAGGCAGGAUGAGAUGAUGCAAUGCCUCCUCAAUGCUUUCCACUGCGCUGAGCCUGGCUCUAGACACGUCGCCUGCCUCCCUCUCUUCAUGUCUCUGCUCACCUAUGAGGUGUACUACCACUCUGACACCGCAGAGGGCAACAUAAGCACGGAGAUCCCGCUGACCUCCAUAUGUUACCACGGAUCCCGGCUGGUCCAGGCACUUGCUAAAUUCAAGGAGCGCUCACUCCUCCUCAGCAGCCUGCGCACUCUGAGCCCUUCGGACCUGCUCAGUAUGGCUACUGACCCCGCAGGCAGCCACGUCCUCCAGGCCCUAAUCACCACAUCCAGUGACAAGGGCAGGGGGAAGAUCCUAAAGAGACUCGAGGGUCAGUACGUCCAGAUGGCCUGCUCCAGGUUGGGCAGCCGGGUACUCGAAGCCGUGUGGAACAGCUCUUCAGUCGGUCAGAGGCAAAGUAUCGCACAGGAACUAGUUCCAAGUGAAAGCCAGCUGAGGUCAGAUCAGUUUGCUCGUCACGUGUGGGCCAAAUUUGCUCUCUCCCACUUUGCACACAGAAGAGCCCACUGGCAGGAAAUUCAGACGGGCGAGUCCAAGAAGCGGAAGCUUUUCAGUGACAUUCUUGAAUGACAAGUGCAUAUUUGUGAAGUAUUGUUUUGUUGUGAUUUUUUUUUUUUUUGAUGUAAAUAAAAAAAAAAAAAAUCUGAAAAUAUCUGUUUGUGUGCUGAAUUAAAGUUUAGUUUUACCCAA